AUGAAUUUGACGAAAAACAAUGAUGCCUCAACUAUAUUAGCAUCCAAUUUCACAACAUCAGGAAUCGAUCAAAAUGCCGUGAAUAUUUCCGUGGAAAAUCGAUGGGAACAUGCGAGAACAAUGAAAGUAUUGUUGGAACCACGACAUAUUUAUGGAAUCAAUAUCACCGUAGAGAAAAAUUCGAAAAUUGUAGAAUUUCGAGUGGCUAGUUAUUAUUCAGCAAUUAUUAUGCACUACACUAUAGUUGACUUGAAUCAAGAUGACAAUUGGUUGAUUCUUGCAGGUAAUUCAAGUCGAAAAAAAAAUAAAACUAUAUUUUUUUUACAUUUUUUCCACAUCAGGCCUGUGCCGGAAAAUUUUCCGAAUUUUCCGAAUUUCCGGAUUUUCCGGUUUUUUCACGGAAAAAUCAAUUUUCCGAUUUUCCGGAAAAUGUGCUCGGAAAAUCCGGAAAAAUGAUCUUUACUAGUAAUAUUUACAAUUUUGCCUAAAUUUUAGGAAAUUUUCUCAGUUUAUGAGAGAAAAAAUGAAAUUUUUGGAAUUUUUUUUCAAUUUUUCAAAUUUACUAUUGGGGCUAUUCAUGUUAUUUUUCAACGCUGAGAAAACGGGAGAAAAGCGGAGAAAACCUAUUCAGGUAGGCUGAGAAAAUACGAAAAAAGCGGAGAAAAUGUAUUUCCUCCGCAUUUCUCCUGUUUUCUCAACAUGCUGAGAAAAUACAUGAAUAGCCCCAUAUUUUUUGAACGUAAAACGUCUCAAAUAGUUACUGAAUUACCUGUGAAUAGAAGAAUUGUAGAUAAAAAUAAGUUUAAGUACCAACUUAAGGGUGAAAAUCGAAAUUUCAGACUACGAAAAAUUUUCCGAAUUUCCGUUUUCCGGGUUUUGAUUUCUGGCACAGGCCUGUUCCGCAUGUUUCAAUGAAAAAAUGUCAAAAAAUAGGAAAAAAUAUAGUUUUUUGACAUUAAUUCCCAUUUUCGCAGAAAAACGAGUAAAGGAUAUCGAAUUGGAGAGAAAAUAUUUGACCGAAUUGAUACCAAGAUUAGAGAGUAAAGAAUUGUUAGCCAGAAUUCUGCAAUAUCGAUUGAAGCAAUAUCUACAAGGCUUCGCUAUAACCACACCAGAUUUCAGAAUAAAUGGAAUUGGUGGAACAAUCAAACCAACAAAUCUUGAACUAGCUGAACAUCUCAAAUUCGUCAACACAAUUCCCAAUUUCAUAAUAACAAUAAGAACGUGUUUUAAUUUUGUGUGGAGCGAAAAAUCAGCUCGAUUUAGUAUGAGACAACAUACACUUAAUCGAACUUCAAUUGUUUAUCACUAUCGUUUGGUAAAAGUUGAAGAUCAAUGGUUUUUUGAUGAGGAAUUCAAUGAUGGCGAAUAUUUGACGGAUAAAAUUGUCGAAAAUCGGAAUUUGAAGGUUUUGCGAUGGGGGGAUAAUUAUAGACAUUGA